UCAGUCCGGGACACAAUAAGCCUCCAUGAUGGAAAACAGGAUGGAUUUCAUCUUUAUUUGCUUCCAGUAAAAUACACAACGCAGACUCGGGUGUGCCUCCUGUGCACACAUUUUUGCUGCCAUUAUAUUGUUGAGGAGGUUCCAGAUGACUGACUGACUGACUGAUCGACUUUUUCCCUCAAGGGUGUUGUCAAGGGUGUUGUCCUAGCAUUAAAAAAAAAGAGGGAAAAAAACUCCUCCUCCGCGUUUCCUCCUUUUUCCCCACUUUGGAACUCGAGAGCACCUACAGGUCGUCUCAGCAGGCCGUUGACAGUCAGAGCGAAGCGCUUCUCCGCUGCCGGCCCGCGUCGCUGCUUUUCACACAUCUCAUUAUCCGGCCCAAAUCCAUCAUUUAUAAGCGCAGCAGCUCUACCUGUGCUUCGGAAGGUCAGCGGAAUGCCAGCAGAGCAAUGUCAGCAGAGUAUAGCCAGCAUGACGGAAUCCGCCGAAGCCGUGGCCGCCGACGUGACGAGCAGGAGGAGCGUGACCAUCGAGAUCACAAAUCUGACCAACAACUACUGCCUCAUUAACCCCAAGGUGUACCUGGAGAGCGGGGAGGUGUACAACCCGCCUCAGCCCACGGUGCGCCCCCUGAAGACCGAGGUGUGCACCUUCACCAAGUCCAGCAGCUCGGCGACGGGCAGCGUGGGCGUCCUCACCUACGACCUCUUCGAGAGGUCUCAGAAGGACUUCAUCGAGACGGUGGCCAUCAUGUUCUCCGUCCCGUGGGACUACAACCUGUACAAGAACUGGUACGCCGUGGGCAUCUACAAGAAGGGCCUCAAGUGCGACAAGGACCUGUUCAAGCAGAUGUACAACGAGAGGAAGCAGCUCGAGCACGGCUUCGUGCGCGACGAGUCCACGGGCACGGGAAUCAACUACGUGGGCACCUACCUGGAUCUCAAGGCCACCAUGGGCCCCCUGGGCAAAGCCAUCAUGAAGGUGGAAUUGUGGGAUAAGAUGUUCACACAGAUGGGCUAGCGGGCAAUCUAGACAGCCGGCAUCCUCACGCUCUCUUUCUGGAAACAUGCGUGCUUUUAACAGAUAACUCUUAACCCUUUAUUGCUCAGUGACUGUUUUUUGUCA